UUUCAUGGAAACAAAUAUCAUGAUAUUUAUGGUUAAAGAAUGAACAAAGUCAGCAUGAAAUGUAAUGAUGGUGUUCAAAAUGCAUUCACGUUUGCAAUGUUUACUAUGUUUCAAAAGUCACUUACUGUAUAGAUCAAGUUUUUACAAUGAACUUAAUUUUCAUCAAAGGUUUCUAUGUACUAAGGUUUUAUCAAUGCAUGAUUAUGUUGAUGACAAAAUUCGUAACUUCAGUAUCAUUGCACACAUUGAUCAUGGAAAAAGUACCUUGGCAGAUAGACUUCUUGAGUUUACUGGUACAAUUAAAAAGAGUGCUACAAAUAAGCAAGUGCUAGAUAAAUUGCAAGUUGAAAGAGAAAGAGGUAUAACUGUUAAAGCUCAGACAUCAUCUAUGUUCUAUAAUGUCACCAAAAGUAUAAGCUGUUUAUUUAACUUAAUUGAUACACCAGGUCAUGUUGAUUUUGGUUAUGAAGUUUCCAGAUCUCUUGCUGCUUGUCAAGGUGCUCUUCUAGUUGUAGAUGCUGCUCAAGGUGUCCAAGCUCAGACUGUUGCAAACUUCUUUAAAGCUAUAGAUGCAGGAUUGACUAUUGUACCAGUAAUUAAUAAAAUAGAUCUUGCCAGUGCCAAUGUUGCAAAUGUUUGUAAACAAAUGGAAUCUACUUUUGACGUGUUAUCUGAAGAGAUUAUCAAGGUAUCUGCUAAAGAAGGUAUUGGAAUUGAUAAACUACUUCAAGCUAUAUAUGAAAAAGUACCAAGCCCUAAAACUAGUGUUAAAGAAGAUUUAUCUUUAUUUUUGUUUGAUUCAUGGUAUGACGUGUACAGAGGAGUUAUCAAUUUAGUAACUGUAAAAAAUGGAAAGAUUUCAAAAGGUGAUAAACUACAAUCUGUUCAUAGUGGAGCAACAUUUGAAUGCCUUUCCCUUGGCAUCUUGCAUCCUGAUGAGUGUCCUGUAAAUACUUUGUAUGCAGGACAAGUUGGUUACAUUGUCACUGGAAUACGUGAUAUCAAUCAGACUUUAAUUGGUGAUACUUUCCAUCAUGUUGGGAAACCAGUGAAACCUACACCAGGUUUUAAGCAACCCACACCAAUGGUAUUUUCAGGAAUUUAUCCACCAGAUCAAGAUUCGUAUAUAGGUUUGAAAAAAGCAAUGGAAAAGUUAUGUCUUAAUGAUUCAAGUGUUUCAAUGUUUCCUGAUAAUAGUGCAGCACUAGGCCAAGGAUGGCGUGUAGGAUUCAUGGGUUUGUUACAUAUGGAUGUAUUUCGACAGAGACUUUUACAGGAAUAUAAUGCAGAUAUAAUUGUGACCACACCAAAUGUUCCUUAUCAAGCUACUUUAAAAACUCAAAGUUCAGAUGUCAGAAAAGAAAUUCGGAGCCCACAAGAAUUUGAAAAUCAAUCAAAAGUGAAUUGCUAUUUUGAGCCUGUUGUUAUUGGAACUCUAGUAUUUCCUGAACAAUAUUUAGGAAAGAUUAUUGAGCUUUGUGAGAACAAAAGAGGUCAACAGUUACUAUUAUCCUACAUUGAUGACUCCCGUGUUUUGUUAAAGUAUCGAUUACCUUUGAACGAAAUUGUUAUUGACUUCUUUGAUUUACUGAAAUCUGUAUCAUCAGGGUAUGCCAGUUUUGAUUAUGAAGAUGGUGGCUAUAUAGAAACAGACAUUGAAAAGAUGGAAAUUUGGUUGAAUGGAAAACCUGUUGAUGCUCUGAGUACAAUAGUACAUAAAACUAAAUGUCUAGCUUUGGGGAAGUCAUACUGCUUUAAGUUAAAAGAAACAAUUCCAAGACAGUUGUUUGAGGUGGUCAUACAAGCUGCUGUUCGUAACAAAGUUAUUGCAAGAGAAACUAUUCAACCUUUACGUAAGGAUGUAACAGCGAAAUGUUAUGGUGGUGAUAUUACACGAAAGCGAAAGUUGCUUGAACAACAAAAAGAAGGCAAAAAAAAGUUGAAACGUUUAGGAAAUGUUGACGUUCCUCAUAAUGUUUUUCUAUCGUUGUUAAAAUUGUAAAUUCUGUUUUAUGUUCUAUAAUGUAAGGAUUU